UCCAUUUUUAUCAGCUUUAACUGGACCUUUUUUUUUUUUUUAUUAUUCCUAAUCUUACUUCAGGUUUAUUUUCUUUGGCGGGAAAGGCAUAAAACAAGAUGGAUGUCAAGUUAUUGUUACUUCUGCUGCAAGCCAUAUACUCCUUGUCACAGGCGUUUCUCAUAGAGGGAGGUUCAUGCCAGGGGCGUUGCAACAGCGCCGUGGACUCCACCAAAGUGUGCCAGUGUAACACGGCUUGUCUCCGAUACAAUGACUGUUGUUCUGACUACCACUCGCUUUGUGUCGAAGAUACUUGUCAUAACCGCUGUAAUGCUGCCCAUGAUGCAUCUAAAAUAUGUCAGUGUAACAGUGCUUGCCUUCGUUUUAACGAUUGCUGCUCCGACUAUACUGCACUCUGUGCCGGAGGAACAACAGUAGCACCAAGUUCUGCAACUUGUCAAUCUCUCACAGCUGUUUCCAAUGAGCUUUGGGCCAAUGAUGUCAACAGACUGUCAGGUGCUGACAUUACUGUCAACUACCAGACUCAGGUUGCAGAUGGUACAACUAGUGACAGAUCCAGUGGAAAGUUUUUCACUCAUGUGAAUGAGGCCAAGCUGGGCACUGGCACAUACAAACUUCUCAGUGAUCUGUUCAACAACUAUGACCCUACAAAAGGCAACAGGGAAACCGCCACCACUCAAGAGCUUAAUGAAGACAAUGCCUUCUUGGAUGCCAUCUUGGCUACCAGAGUCAUGGCCAGUCUCCUUAAGUUUCUCCAAUGCAAAGGCAUCGUGCAUAGCCAAAGUGAACUGAAGACAACUCUUAAGAAACUAUGGUUCGACUUUUAUUCCCGCAGUGGAACUGGCACUACCCCAGAUACCUCAGGGUUUGAGCACAUGAUGGUCGGAGAGUAUAAAGAUGGUAACACGGUCAAUGGAUUCCACAACUGGGUUUCUUUCUACGAGAAAGAAAAGGCUGGUACCCUGAACUACUUUGGAUAUGUGAAAAAAGCUAAUCCAGAAAUAGUUGGUGCUGCUUUCUCUUGGGCCAACCGUGUCAAAACCAUGGGCAGCUUCUUCAUUGGCGUCAGCCCGGAGUUUGAAAUCGCUGUCUACUCCCUUUGUUUCCUCACCAACCCUGGCAAGGCCUGCCAGAUCAGCUUGAAUAACAUUCCAGUAACCAUUAUGUCCUACAGUAAAGAUGGUCAUAUAGCCACAGCCUACGCAUCUGAAAGAAAAAUUCAUGGAACAGUCGCACCUUCAGGCCGUGGCCCAGAAGUAACAACAGAACAAAAUGUCCAGUCCAGCAGCCACACUGCCGACUCUCCUAUUCACAAACCAAACAGGUCAAAGAAAAGAAAAGACAGUAAGCGGAGAAAGAAAAAGGUCGGCAAUCAACUUCUAACACCCCACAAAGUUGACGAACUGGCUAAUCAUAGAAACUCAUCAUCAGGUUUUGAACCAGACGAUGCUAAAAUUAGAAACGGAAAAGUCCAAACAAAAAAUAAAAUAAAACGUGUUUAAGGUAUGAAGAGCAAUAUCACAGUCAUAGAACCUAACUACAGCCAUAGUUUCAAAUAUAGCCAGCACAGCGUCUGGUCAGAGUAGUGGCAAUGAGUCAACAUCAAGAUCUAUACAUCAACAGCAGGACUAGAAACAACACGAUUUCAUUUUGAAAUUUUAAAAUAAAAGAAUGGUUCGAACAAAUUAACGAAGACAAAAAAAAGUUUCAAGUAAAUCACUUUUAAAUAAACAAACUCCUCAGUUCUGGUUGUCUUUGUGUAUCAGAAAUGACGUAUACAGUGAUUUAGAUUUUCUGUUAUUAAAACAACAGCACAAUCUCAAGCUACUCAUAAAUCUAAAUAGCCAUUGCCUUGUAAGUGUCUGCAGUAGUUACUUUUAAUUAUUUAUUUAAGACACUUUUUGAUGUAGAAAUGAAAUUUUUGUUUAAAAAAAAAUGUCCUGACAGCAAUAAAAGUCAAGAUUUAUAUUUA